GAGAUUUGCAUGACAUUUUCAAUCAUGGCUGGUAGGAGAUAACUUAUAGCAGCGACCAAAACAGAGUCGUGGAAUGACGAACUAUGGCAAAUAACUUUCGCAAAAACCUCAUUUCCAAAUGCAUCCGAGAUAGCGGAACAGGAGAGUUUGAUGCGGAUCUGCUGAAUGACGUAAUAAAUGGCACAUCGGACAUCGAUGUUGUCCGACUGCGAACUUACGCAUGGCGACACACCAUUCCAAGCGUGCAUCGCCUUCAAAUGUAUAAAUACAUGCUCGGUAUUUCGGGUGCCUACCCCGAGACUCGCGAAGUAAUAGCUCAACAUAGGCGAGAUGAAGCAUUCGUGCUUCUGCGAUGCUUGGUCACAACUCGCUCCACUGAAUGUAAGCUGCAGAACGAUGAAGUCAUGGAACCUGGACCGAGCAAUGAGGACAUUGUAAAAAUGAUUCUUCUUGCUAAUAAUCGACUUACCGACAAUUUUACCAAAGAUGUGCCAACGAUGGUUAUCUCAGCAAUAGUACGCCAAGUGCAUGCUGUUUGUCGAUGUGAUUGGGUGGAUACAUUUUGCAUCUCACGAUCGCUUUAUACAAUGUUGAAUGAUACAUUUGACGAACGAGCUGUGCGUAGUGCUAUAAAAGAGAUUCAUCAUGAAGUCCAUUUGGAUGGGCAUGCCAAAGAUGGCUCAGAGCAGUUCUGGGCAGCAUUUGAUGUCGAGAUUUGGCUUCGCACCGGAUGUUGCGCUCUGUUACAGUCUGAACGAGCUAUGCAACGGGUGAUGGACAAACUGUGCACUGGUAUGAAUAUCGUGGCUUUGGUCAAAGCUGUUGCCGUUGACUACUUGCAAAACGCAGAGAAUCGCUUUGGCAAAGGAUUAAAAGAUGCUACUAUCGCAAUGACAGAGGAUGGUGAGCUGCGUAUGGUGAACAGAGCAAUCGAGCAAGUAGUCUUCGAAACUAUGCAAAAAAAGCCAGCCCGUAUAAGUGAUAUCAGGACAAGAAACACUAUCAGCUAAUGCCUGUCACUGCCAUUUUCUUACAUUUCGACAUAAUUCCAUUAGCUUUCAAUCAAUGAACAUUA